UUUUCCAGCCUUCUUUAUCAGAACUCAUCAGAAGCUUAAUACUUCCUCUUUCUAGGGUUUCAAAUUCUAUUCACUCUCUUCCUAUCUUGCAGAGUUGCAAGGGAGAAACCAACAAUGGGGUCGAUCCCCUUACCGGGCGAGAUGCUGCAGACGAGCUUCGAGGACUUCCAGAGGCAGGCGACGUUAAUGACGAGCUGUACCCUGUUAUGGAAGGAGCUCUCAGAUCACUUCUCCUCGUUAGAGCAAGAUCUCCAGAAGAAGUCUGAAGCUUUGAGGGAGAAGUUUCAAACCUUAGAUGACAGGACCAAGGAGACCCUGGAUGGUCUUGAGAAGCGAGAGGUUUCGAUCGAGGGAAGUGUGGAGCAAGCGCUUGUUAAGGUUGAGGAAAGGAAGGAGGCGGCGUUGAUCGCCUUGCAGAAAGGUGGAAAGGAGGAAUUUGAUGAUAGUGAUGAGGGUGUCUUGUUAAAACUGAGGUCUUUCUGUACUAAGAUGGAUUCUGCGGGGUUUUGGAAGUUCGUAACUGCGAAGAAGAAAGAAAUAGGCAUGCUUCGAGUUAAGAUCCCAUUGGCUUUAUCUGGUUGUAUUGAUCCACCGAGGUUCGUUAUGGAGGCGAUUUCGGAGGUUUUCCCCAUCGACAAGAGGUUUGAGAAGACUGAGCGGACGAAUGAUUUGGGUUGGGCUUGUGUAUUGAUACUGGAGUCGCUCAUAUCUGUCAUGGCUGAUCCUGUUCUUGGGAGUUCACGCCCUUUGGUGACUCCGAAAGUGAAGGAAAGGGCAAAGGAGAUUGCUGCGACUUGGAAGGAGAGCUUGGAUCAGCGUGGAGGGAUUGAAAACGUGAAGACGCCGGAUGUGCACACGUUUAUACAGCACUUGGUGACCUUUGGGAUUGUCUCCAAGGAGGAUGCCGAUUUGUACCGGAAGAUCGUGAUUGCUAAUGCAUGGCGGAAGCAGAUGCCUAAGCUUGCGAUUUCACUUGGGCUGGGGGAGAAAAUGGCUGAUAUGAUUGAAGAGUUAAUCAGCAAGGGACAGCAGGUUGAUGCAGUGCAUUUUACUUAUGAGGUUGGUCUUGUUGAUAAAUUUCCACCUGUUCCACUGUUAAAAGCUUACUUGAGAGAUUCAAAGAAGGCUGCAACUUCUAUUUUGGAGGAUCGCAACAACCCCGGCAAAGCGACGUACCUAGCUGGACGCAAGGAGCAGUCAGCACUUCGGGCUGUGAUCAAGUGCAUUGAGGAAUACAAACUGGAAGCGGAGUUCCCUCCAGAGCCUCUUCGGAAGCGCCUUGAACAACUGGAAAAGGCCAAGGCUGAAAAGAAAAAACCAGCUGUAAUCCCUGCCAACAAGAGAACACGAGCUAGCAAUGGGGGUCCCAUGCCUCCUGCAAAAGCUGGUCGCCUGGCAAAUGCAUAUGUAUCUUCUUUUCCAGCAGCAGCAGCAGCUCCCACAUUUGUCAGAUCUCCCUCCCAUGGCCCAUACCCAGCUGGAGCUGGUGUCCCACCAUACGCUUAUGACCGGCCUGCACCACCUGCCAUCUAUGGCAGCAGGAGCCCACCAGCUGUUAGUGUUAGGGGGGAUCACUAUGCCUACCCCCCUCCAGAAGUAGAAGCCGCCCCUCCUCUUGCUGGAUCUUAUCCAGGAGCUCCUGUGAAUUACUCUCCUUAUGGUGGCUGUGGCUAUGCCAAUGGUUUGGCUCCGGGGUAUCAACAGGCUUACUACCGAUAAAACAAAACACAAAAAGGUCAUGCAUGCUUUGACGAUGCAAGAAAUCAGUAGAUGGUAAACACUGAUUAUCAAUGACCCCAACAUCCAACAACCUCUUUUGCUUUCAGUGGCUUGUGUAAUUCACUAACCGCGUAUAGUAUUAGUAGCCAAGUCUGUGUGUUUAAUUGACUGAUUAUGCUUAUUGUUCAAGGUGAUGUUGUAUUUCUAGCUAGGCUUUGAUCAAAACUUGUAGUUGUAGUGGUAGCUGUAGAUGGUUGUUGAAAAAGUAUUUUCCACAAGGACAAGGCACUUUAGCUCACAUUACUGGGAGAACGACAUUGUGGAUGUGGUGAUGUAAAUUUUGUAGUAACGGGGCUCCUUUCGAAGGUUACAGCAUUCUA